CGAGAGGAUAACGGUUCACCUCACGGACAGGUUGGGCACAGAGAUGGGAGAGGAGCGGCGGCUUUUCUGGCUAUGACACGGACACAGCGGGCGGGAAGGAUGGCUCUCACCAGCCGGGAAAUGUUGCGCUUGAUCGGAACCGCCUGCCUCUGGCUGCCGCUGUUAGCUGAGGUGGUGACUGAAGAGAGUUACUUAAACGAGGUGCAGAACUCAGUGCCUCUGUCCUGCUCUGAGGGAUUCACAGAGCUGGGAUACUACAACGGCACCGUGUCCCAGACGGACUCUGGUGCCCCCUGUCUGAAAUGGACUGAGUUUCCAGACUAUGUCAUGCAGUACCCGGGCCGCGGUCUGGGUGACCACAACUACUGCAGGAACCCGGAUCGCGAGUCCAACCCGUGGUGUUUCUUCAGACAGAACUCCGGAGCAAUCGGCUGGGCCUACUGCGACUGCCACCAGGGUGCCGCACGUCUGGUUGGCAGCUCGACCUCUGGCAGCGGGCGUUUUGAGGUUUACCUGAACGGCCAGUGGGGGGCGGUGUGCGACUCUCACUGGACAGACCGGGAUGCCAGUGUGAUCUGCAGACAGCUGGGUCUGGGUGAUAUCGGCACAGCAUUGCAGCACGCUGAGUUCGGCGCAGGCUCUGGCCUAUUUCACUAUGAACGUCUGGGUUGCCGCGGUGAUGAGAACACCCUGACUAAGUGCCGGAGCAGGACGUUCGUCACUGGUGACUGCAGCCAUGGAAACGAGGCAGCAGUGGUGUGUGCGCCACCAGAAGGCAGUGGCCCUCCUCUCCGACUGGUUGGCGGUGAGGAAGACUUUGAAGGUCGUGUGGAAGUGUUUCACUCAGGAAGGUGGGGCUCUAUCUGCGAUGAUCAGUGGGACGACAGGGAUGCAGAGGUGGUGUGCAGACAGCUUGGUUUUGGGGGUGUGGCAAAGGCCUGGUCCUGGGCUCACUUUGGUCAGGGUUCAGGUCCAAUCCUGCUGGAUGCAGUGAAAUGCACAGGAAAUGAGCUGUUCCUGGAUCAGUGCCCUCACGGUGACUGGGAGCAGCACAACUGUGACCACAUGGAGGAUGCUGGGGUCUCCUGCAGCCCUUAUACCGACGGCGUGGUGCGUCUCGUGGGAGGAGACAGUCCCUGGGAGGGUCGAGUUGAAGUGUUUCAUAACGGUGACUGGGGGACGGUGUGUGAUGACCAUUGGACCCAGCAACACGCAGAGGUCGUCUGCAGGCAGUUGGGCUACAGGGGUCACGCUGAGGUCGUAUCCGAUGGGACAUUUGGCGAGGGUGUUGGCCUGAUCCUCCUGGAUGAUGUCCAGUGUGAGGGAUCUGAAACCUCGCUGCUGGACUGUCAACACGGGAUCUGGGGACGGACCGACUGCUCCCACAGCGAGGACGUUGGUGUCCGCUGCAGAGGAAGAUCUGAGGAAGAGACUAAUGAGGUGCCGGUCAUCGCACCUUCCACAGGUCCCCUGGUGCGUCUCGUGGGUGGCAGCAGCAGGAAGGAAGGUCGAGUCGAAGUGUAUCUCCAUGGUGACUGGGGAAGUAUUUGUGACUCUGGCUGGAACGAUCUGAACGCAGCCGUGGUGUGCAGACAGCUUGGACACAGUGGUCGAGCGGUUGCAGCUGGUGGGUUCGGUCAGGGGAAAGGACCCGUUCACCUGGACCAGGUGAGGUGCACAGGAAAGGAGGAGUUCCUGGGCGAGUGUCCCUCUCUGGGCCAGAGCAUCCAGGGCUGCAGACGCAGGGAGGAUGCAGGGGUGCGGUGUGACGUCACCCCACGAGAAUCAGCAGUACAGACUAAGCCUGAAGAGCUGAGCUGUGGGCUGAGGAAGCUGGUGGAGGAAGACGGCAAGAGGAGGAAUCAGGGAGAGAACAUACUCAGAACCACGUGGCCAUGGCAGGUGUCCGUGUGGCUUCAAUCUCAGGAAGAAGACAGCAGUCCCCUCUGCAGUGGCACUCUGAUCAGCCCCUGCUGGGCCCUGACGUCUGCAUACUGUGUCACCAGGUUUGGCGGCGAUCCAUCCCGGUACGUGGUGAGAGUUGGGGCAUCGGAGCGGCGUCUCACUCUGGAGCAGGUGGUGGUUCACAGGAAGUUUAAGGGUCAGAGCGGAGGACACGAUCUGGCUCUGCUUAAGCUACCCAGUGCAAAGGGUCACUGUCUGACCUUUGACCCCAACACCAAUGCAGCAUGUCUUCCCACUGCUGACACAGACUCAGGGGGAAAUACUCCAUCUUCUUGUGUGGUCACGGUUACAGCUGGCUGGACAGGUCCAGACUCCGUUCUCGCUUCCUGGGUCCCUCUGAUGUCAUCAUGGCAAUGUAAGAAGCGCUAUGGCAACAGUUUCUCCAGUCACGGCACCCUGUGUGCUGGCAGUCCUCCAGACACCAGCCUCCUCCGUGACGACAGUUGCCAGGGCAACUCUGGAGGCGGAUUAGUGUGUCAGACAGAGACAGGUCGAUGGGUCCUCAGUGGUGUUGUUGCCGGGGGUUACGGCUGUGCCGACCCCGCCUCACCUGCGCUCUACACGCGAGUCAGCCGCUUCAGGAGCUGGAUCGACGAGGUCAUCAAUGCACGAGCACGCCCGGAGGCGCCGCACGCAGAAACGCAAGAAGAUCUGACACACAACGACAUAACGCACACACACAGCGAGGGCAAAGAUGCGCACUUGCACACGCACGGCAAACACACACACGAUCUGCAGCCAUCAAAUGAAAUCAGCAAGAUUAAACACACGCACUCUCAUCAUUCGCACACCAAUCAGCAGGCUCACACCCAAACCAAACAUGUGCACCGGGUGGAGGACGCAAACACAGAAAUUCUGGUCUGAUUGAGGCCGUGCCAUUGGCUUACCACCUGUGCCAUGUGACCGCCUGAGGAGGGUUAAAGGACAAGGAAAAGGAAAGAAAGAUGCUCCCAAACUUCAGUCAGUACAAACGGCCGUCUGUAAAAUCUGAACUCAGUGUUGUGAAUCCCCGGUGCGUGCUGUGGGCAGGCUUUUCUGAGCUGUGCGGGUCAUUUGUGAUGUUUAACGUGUGAGUGAGUUUCAGCCCGUUUAGAGGGAAACGAGUCGGCAGAUUUAUCAGCACGCUGAUCGGGGCCUUUUACUGAAAAUCCAAAAAUCAGCAUUGCAUGUAUUUUAAGGAAUCUAGUGUUUGCAUAAAAUAUUCCUGGGGGAAAAUUUUAAAGAUGGUCACACAAGAAUCUAUGCUAAUUUCACCUAUUUAUGUUUCGCCUGUGUGAGCUUAAGAAAAAGAACAAAACAUCAAGAACAAAAGGCUGACUGGCUGCCAUCAGCGUCCCUCUGAUUUGAUUAAUGUAGAUAAACUCCAAACUCCUGCAGCAGGCGAAGCUCUUCCCACGUUAGGUUUUUUUAAAAAUCCACACGUGGUUUUCUUUUUCAAACAGGGCUUCUCUCUUCAGGCUGUUGUCUUAUACCUUUACUGUUGAAAGUGCAGUUGUUCAUUUGGACCCAUGACUAAGCUACUUAACUCAGGACCAUACCACUGAUUUAGCAGGUUUUAGUGUUUUUAUUGCAAAUGAUCUGCUGCCAAUACUGGAGUGUAACCCAGUUUUUCCAGCCACCAGACAUUUAUUAGUUCAUGUGUCUGACUAAAUGGCAUAAACAUGAAAUAGGCGCUACUGAGCUGGUCACCUUACAUUUCACACAUUCUCCGUUAGCUUGUUUCUUAUUUGCAUAGAUUGGCCUUAUUUGUCAUUUUAAAGCACUUCUAAAUGCCUUACCGAGCCGCUCUCCCCAUGCUCUCCUUUAUCUAAUUCUCUUUCACCUCACCUCCACAAUCAUUCACAGCAUAUAGAUGCACCUCCCUGAUCCUGGUUCUGCUGGACGUCUCUUCCUGGUAAAGCGGAGUUCUUCCUUCAAACUGCUGCCAACAAUGAUCAGACGGGGACUGUCUGAUCGUUGUUGGUAGAAAAGUAUUGCAUUAACUGUUCAGGAGUUACAGCUAUUUUAAUAGACUCAGAAGUUUCUGGACAACUAACUGAGAAGCAGCUUCGUGACCAGAUGAGGCCCAUUCCCUCAUUAUUCCAUGAAAAAUUAAUCAGAUAAAGAUCUGAAGUUGAAAGUUUAAGUAGUGAACCUUUGGUAGCUGUUCACUGGUACUCUGAAGGCAUGAAGCUGCAAGAUGCAAGUGAAGGAUAGGAAAAACUUUAGGAAUGGCCAAAUCAACAAAUCUGGUACAUUUUGUUUACACUCAAGAACAAUAAGGCUAGAUUAGACUUCACCAGAAAACAUCUUAAAAAAAAAAAAAAAAA